CAGGAAGAAAAUCAAUAGAAUAUAUAUAGACAUCCACUAUUUUCUACGUGCUCAGGUACGGCUAUUAGUUUACAGGUAGCCAGUCUAGCUAGCAGGUAUUUCCAACUGCUCAAGGUAUGUUGUAACAGGAUGUGAUAGUACAGCAGGUUUGUAAUUGACAUGGCGUCUAAUACACUGACACUGUCAAAGAAGUGAAUCUUGGCUAGGGACGCCUGAUCUAGUUCCUGCCACCCUGCUGAUUGUUGGUACAUUUGAUAGCAGUGCCCAUUGCAGCCAUGUCGAAGUAUACCCAGACGUACGUGCACAUACCAUGCAGACAUGAUGAGUGAUAUCUAAUGAAGACUUUGCAUGAUUCGCAUGUCGCCAUGGGAGUUUUAUAACAACAGAACGUAAACAAGAUUACGAUUUUGUAAGAAAAGGUGCCGACACAGAGAAGACUUAUUUUUGAAGGACUGUUUUCAAACAGCAAUGGCUACCAACCCAAUGUACGGACUGUUCGGAACAUCUGAGGAUGAGCUGCUGCUGAAUGAUGAACAGCUGGGACUCACAACAGCUCAGUUUGGAGAUGGUGUCCGGGGCUUUCUGAUGAGCAGUGUAUCUGAGGAUGUGGCGGAUGAAGAUAUACUUUACAGAAGGUUGCUGAUGGGCAGAGACAGCGUGUUUGACGAUCCUGACGAGGAUGACGUGACACAUGACUUUGGAGACAGUGCUCGUACAGUGCUACGUAAUCGUGCUGGAAGAACGUUGGGCAGUAGAGAAAAGAGGCGUAGCCUAUUGUCGUACUGUACUGACCGCCCAAAAGGCCAGGCUGUUCAACCAAGGGAUAGAACACUCCAGAUCAUCACAUCAGAGAUAUGUGAAAUUAUCUCCCCUUGGGACACUGUAUCCGAUUCAGAACGCCUUCCUGAUCCGCCAUCAGCUACAUACCUUGAGCUGCUUCGCGCAGAUGACCAUAUCUUGUACACCAUUCAGAACCUGGAUAUCAACAAGGUGAAGUUUGUGAAACAAUCUCAUACAUAUGGCAUGAAGUUAGCAACCUCAGUAUACCCUAAACAUGGUGAAAUCAGAUGGGACGAAAGUGGGGAUAAUGAACUGGUCAUUGCACUGGUACAAGAGAAACUCCUCGAUUCUUCAGACUCUUCAGUUUCCUACAUUCAGACAUGGAGAAAAGGCAUGGAUACAAUCAUCACAGAUGUCCUUAGAGAUAUAAAAGUACAUACAGUUACAGUAAUGCAUAUACUGUGGCCGGAAAUGAAACAGAAAGAUUUAUCAAAUAUUCUUCCACAAACAUCAGAUGAAGUAAUGGUGAGUCAGUCCGAGGACCAUCCAGGAUAUUUAGUGGUUGGAGAACAGGACCGUCUUUUACCUAUUGUACAAAACCUGCUGGUGCUUGUUGAACACGCCGAGGAGGAGCAUAUCCUGAGGAAGUACGCACCAGAGCAGGCCACACCGACAUCAGGAGAAGCUGGUUCAGGGGAGGAAAAGCAGGAAAGAAAGAUUUACGAAGAAAGAGACAAAAUCAUGUUUCUUCAGAGACACUGCUCAUCGUCAAUAGAUGUCAUUAGAAGAGAACUGUCUGUCAUUAUCUCAUUUGAUCUCAAGUCCAAUUGUAUCAUCAUGCAUGGUAGAAAGGCUGAAGAAGCUUUUAGCCGCAUAAAGACCCUGGCCACUGAUGUUCAGAUGGAAGCAUACAAGUCAGAGCUGAUGGGGGGCAGAAAAUAUUUCAAAUCCGCAACAGGGGAGUCGACAAUCAGACAAGCGGAAGAUAAAUAUAAGUGUUUCAUUAGUAGAGACCCUGAGAGGACGGGGGAAGAACAUCCGGACGACGUUGCAUCAGCUGACAUUGAAGUUGUUCUCAAACUAGGAGAUAUCGCAAUUACAAAGGCGGAUGUCAUUGUCAACUCAACAAACGAGAAACUCGACCUGUCUGGUAGUAACCUGUCGAAGGCCAUCAUCAAAGUAGGCGGCGCUAGCAUACAGGUGGAAUGCAAGGAGCUUUAUCCACAAGGUUGUAGAGUUGGUGAUGUUGUGAAGACUCGUCCUGGAAAAUUACGCUGCAAGGAGCUGUAUCAUUGCUGUCUUCCAAUCUGUAGACCAGAGCAUCACGAUCAGGCUGAGAAGAUUCUACGGCAGACAAUACUGCAAUGUCUACACAAAGCGUCUACAGCGGGUCACAGCAGCAUAGCCUUCCCCGCCAUUGGCACAGGCAAAAGGCAAUAUCUGGCAGAUACAGUAGGAAUAUGCUUUAGAGAGGCUGUUAAGGAAUUCUCAACAUCAAACCACUGCAGUUCUCUAGCAGAGGUUGUGAUUGUAUUUUUUCACAAGGACCAAUAUCUAUUGAAGAUUUUCAAGGAUGCUUAUGACAGUGAGAAAAUGAACCCACGAAUUACCUCCCUGUCAAACAUUUCAAUGAUGACAGAGUUCCUCCUUGGCCAUGUUCAGCUUGAAGUGAAAGAAGGCAACAUCUUUAAGGAAGAUGUGGAUGUUGUUGUAGUCCCCACCGACAACAAGAUGUCAGUCUCGUGCGAAGUAAAGUGGACCUUUGUACAUGAAUUUGGAGACAACACCUUUCGUCAGUGGAAAGAUGCAAACAUCAGAAAGUCAGGAGGUGUGAUGCUGCGAGUCCCCGGACAUCAUUGUUCAAGUGUACUGGGCGUAUCCAAGGAUUACUUCUACGGAGACUUGUUCCAGAUGAUCUGCAAGUGUCUGCGGAAAGCUGAGAAAAACAAAGUCACCUCCAUCGCCAUCCCGCUUAUGGCAGGUAAGGCUGAAACUCUCCCGGAAGUAUUGAUCAACUCCGUCAAAGGUCUCAUGGGCGCACUGGAGUUUGUCCGAGAAGUCAGACUUGUCUUCACUGACCCUGCAGCUAUAGUUGCCGCCGUGCAGCUGUUCGAAAAACAUCUUAGUUCUACAUGUGUGGGAAGAUACAGGUUUGCAGAAACGUCUUCUCAACAUCCAACUGAGGGAUCACUAACACCGAAAGACAUCAAUGGCAGUACAAUGCAAGGUGGACUUGUCAUGAACAUAGUGUUUAACAACAGCAGAAGUUUUGGAGAAUGUCAGCAGUUCUUGGACAACCUAUUGAGAGAGAACCUGUCUGUGGAGACACUGGAGAACCCAACAAUCUGUGAACUGACACAACAACAGGUAAAAGACAUCCAACGCACGUGUGCCGAUAUUGACGUGAGGGCAGAGGUGAUUACUGAGAACUGUGUCAUUCAUCACUCUGGGAUGAAGGUUGACGCCAUCAAGGCCAAGAGCCUAACACAGGAAGUGCUGAAAAAUAUUGAGUUCCUGAAGAAGAACCUUGAAAAGGCCGAACUUCUACGCUGCAUUGUGGAGUGGUGGUAUAUCACGGAGGAUGGUCUUGAGAUGGGGUUCACGCCCAUGACCAGUAUGUUGAUCGAAGAAGCUUUUAUAAUGAGGUCUACACAUCCUACGGCUGUGGUACCAACAUCGACAUCUAAGGUCAACAUAGACUUCACCUCUAUGGAGCUUAGUCCCCGGGAAAACCCCAACCACACACUACAGAUUUUCAGAAAAAAAGGCCCAGCUGUGCCUCUCCCUAAUACCUGGGAAGACAUGGGUGCCAAAGAUAUGGUCGCGCCCAGGAUCAUGGCGGGACCCGAAGCAGAUGAACUUCGUCAAAUAUUCAUGUCCAGCGCUGGGAACAAGUUUGAGAUAUUAGGGGUGUUCAGGAUACAGCACAGGUACCUGUACGAGCAGUAUCAGAUACAGAAAGAAGCCAUGGAAAGAAACUACCCACACAAGAGCAAUGAAAGACAACUCUGGCAUGGUACGAAUGUAGACGCCAUUAAAAACAUCAACAAAUAUGGAUUCAAUAGAGGCUACUGCGGAAAGAACGGCACGAAGUAUGGACGGGGUGUAUACUUUGCUACCGAAGCCAGUUAUUCCGCCAAUGAUGUCCUCUCUGUUCCGGACGAUGCCAAACACAAGUACAUCUAUCUGGCGCACGUUCUCACCGGCGUGUCAACAAAGGGCAGCAAGAAAAUGUUUGACACUCCGUUAAUUGACCGGAAACGAUCUGUCCGUUAUGGAUGCGCCGUGGACAGAAGCGACAAUCCCUCCAUGUAUGUCGUGUUCAGGGACACACAGGCCUACCCCAAAUACUUGUUUGUUUUCAAAAAAGGAAAAUCCAAGUAAAACACACUACCACCAUUUUCAUGUGAGUGUCACGGCAGUGUGGUCGCAAUACUGCAGGCGACAGACAGCAUGGAAACCUGUGACUCAACCAAAAGGAUUUUCAGCAAAUAAUCAAACUAACAAUGACAAUGAACAUUCUCUAAUAUAUGGGAAGAAAGUAUUAUAUUUUAGCUCACCUGCAAACAUCCUCUCCUUUGACACCACCUCGCCCUCGCUUUGUAAGCAUCUUCCCCUCAUCAUUAGAAACCAAUUGACCAAUGAAGCUGAAACUUCACAUGCUUGUUCCCACUAAUGACGACACCCAUAUUUGUCUCAAGGGGUUCGAAGCCAUCGUUCUAUGUGGUCACCACGGUAGUCAUAUUGAGAAAGCUAUGUAUAGCCACCACCACAUGGUAUAUAUUUAGCAAGUUGUGUGAUGUAAGCUUCGUCUUUUUGCAAUAGUUUUAAUGUUACACCACUAAUCAGUGGUAUGACUUUUGCACCAAUACCUUUUCGUAUGACUGGUUACAUCAGUACUGUCUGGUGUGAUGAUUACCAAUACCGUGUCGUAUAACUGUUACAUCAAUAUUGUGUGGUAAGACUCUUGCGCCACUAUUGUGAGAUAUGACUUUUACACUACCUUUGGGUAUGACUGGUAGACCAAUACUAGCAGGUAUGGUUGUAACAACAAUAAUACCAAUAUCAACUUAACGUAACCAAUCUAGGCUGUGGAGCUACGCAAAUACCGUCAUGAUUCCAUUCCGUCUAUAAAUGGUCGUAAUAUUGACGUUGCGUAAGCCCUUUUAACUGUUACUCCAAUUACAGUAAAACUGUCCAUCUGAUUUUGAUCAAAUGUCUUACCAUGCUUGGUAAUGACUUUACAUUUUAGCCUUUUCUCUCUCUGUUAUAGAUAUUAAGCUUUUCGUCAAAAAUAGUACAACCUAGUGUUUCCAAUGAAAGCGUUUGAAUUAACACAAUUUCAGGAUCAUUUCUACGGAGUGCUGCCAAUGUCUAUAACAAUGAAGACAUUACUAAAUAGUUUCCGGACUAAUUAUGUCCAUAUAAACGCGGUUUCACUGUGUAAAUAUUUAUUUGUCCACUUGCUUAUGCAUGCUAAAUAUAGCACCUUGCAAUGUGUUAUAAACAUUUUUAUUUUUUUUAUUUUACGUUUUGUAAGAUAUGACAAUAAAUUACAUUUGCUACAUUGUUA